AUGGCAGCCUGGAUGAAAGAUCCCUAUUGGAACCUUGACUUAUCGACAACAUCAUCAUCAACUUCACCAGCCCCAGUGGCCACAUCCGCAGCUUCCAACUCACCCGACAUCCCACUCUCGACUAUUGUCUACAGAACGCUUAACCCGGACGGGAAUUCGGUACAAUCGAAAGCUAGUUCAAGCUUCAGCCCUAUGAUUCUGCGUCUUCGACAACAGAUUGAAGAAAUACUUUCAAAAACACCCAAGCUCGAUAUAUCAUUCAUUACUGCCCCAGCUUAUAAAUUCAUCUGGGUAGCAUCUGCUAUCCUUACAGCUUACAUCGCUAUUGAGAUUACUGUUGCUCUAUAUAAAAGCUACACGAUGGCCAGCUCCACCACGUCAGGCGGCCCAACAGGGCCUGUUAUUCCUAUCGACCCCACACAGCCACUUCCAGCGCCGGUCCCAACUAUCCCAGACCAACCCGCCCCACCAAAUAAACGAAGCAAUCAGAAUUCUAAGAAGCGGGAUGUCCGCAUUAAACUUUUCAGCGAGAUCCUAACGGGAUACCUGACGAUUAUACUCUCAGUAUCCGUCCUUCUGGGCGAUAGCAUCGUCCUUAAGUUCUUGAUGACCGGAUUGACGGGGUUUGUUGCAUUGGUUGCACUAGUGCUUCCUGACCAAGCCGAGUGGGGUCCACAACUAUACAAUUUUCAGGAAGGCGGGUUUGAAAUGCAGGAGCUUCCAGUUAUUACAACUACUUCCGCUGAAGGCGAUGAAGAAUACAUUUUUGAGAGGGAAUUGGAAGGGAAGGAAGGGUUGACGAAAAGGGCCGGGACUAAGGUCAGAGAGAUGAGGGACAAAGUGGUUGAGAGACUUCAAGAAGCUGGCUCAGCUACUAAGAAGGAAGCUUUAAGUGUUUCUCAGAAAGUUGCAGAGGGAAUCCAAGAGGCUCGCUCUGCCACCGAGAAGGAGGCUUUGAACGUAUCACAGAAGGUCAAAGAAAUCAUCAAUUCAGUCAAAGGCGACAACUUCGAGGAUAUAAACUCUGGAGAGACGUCCGAAGAAGAGCAAUUUAUUCUAGGGAGCCAAGGUAUUGGAAGCCCAGAUGAAGAUUUGAAGUCACAACUUAGCAGCGUCAUGGCACCAAUCCAGGACGUUUUGGACACUAACAGCUCAAUCGUAAGGGCUUCAAGAAAAGUAGAAGAAUGGCUUUUGAAGGGUGGAGACUCAUUCGGAUCGGAUGUUGAUGAGCAGGCGGAAUUCGUUAAUCGAGAAUCCCGCGAACAGGCUGAAUCGUAUCCACACUCUGGAGCUUCACUUGCCCCGCCCACGCCAGAUGCACCCUCGCCUCAGGCAACUAGGCCUUGCAGUGGAAAUUUUGGGCGAGGAUCUUUGAGAUUGAGAUAG